AUGACCGGUCUGAACCAGUACAGUUUGAUGAAAAUAGAAAAACUUGAGAUCUUGAACAGACUGCCAAGAACGAUCGUCUCCUUGUUUUCUGUGAUCGAAGAGUGUGACCAGAGAUUCAGCGACGAGCAAUGCAAUAACAUGCUGGAACUCGUGCAGAGAUGUUUCCCUGUUGCACAGGAAGCGGUGGAAGAUGAUGCCAUGGACAUGGAACAAGAAGAAGAUGAGGAGGAAGAAGAGGAAAUGGUCGCGGAACAAUUUGAAAUGGUAGAGCUUGAGCAUGAGACAUUUGAAAAGAUAGAUGAAGCAGAGGAGCAAGAAGAAUGA